AUGGUGGACAUGGAAAGCCCCAUCUGCCCCCUGUCCCCGCUUGAGGCUGACGACCUGGAGAGCCCGCUGUCAGAAGAAUUCCUGCAGGAAAUGGGGACUCUUCAGGACAUCUCCCAGUCCAUUGGUGAGGACAGUUCUGGAAGCUUUAAUUUCACGGAGUAUCCGUAUUUAGGAAGUGGUCCGGGAUCCGAUGGAUCUGUUAUUACAGUAAACCGUGUGUUAAUCUCACAGGGCUUUUUCCGUCGAACCAUUCGGCUAAAGCUGGUUUAUGACAAAUGUGAUCGCAGCUGCAAGAUUCAGAAAAAGAACCGGAAUAAGUGCCAGUACUGUCGCUUCCACAAGUGCCUGUCGGUGGGGAUGUCACAUAACGCAAUUCGUUUUGGACGAAUGCCAAGGUCCGAAAAGGCCAAAUUGAAAGCAGAAAUUCUUACAUGUGACCAUGGUCUAGAAGACUCUGAAACUGCAGAUCUCAAAUCUCUUGCCAAGAGAAUUUAUGAGGCCUACCUGAAGAACUUUAACAUGAACAAGGUGAAGGCCAGAGUCAUCCUUGCGGGAAAAGCCAGCAACAAUCCACCUUUUGUCAUCCACGAUAUGGAGACGCUGUGCAUGGCUGAGAAGACGCUGGUGGCCAAGCUGGUGGCCAACGGGAUCCAGAACAAGGAGGCAGAAGUCCGCAUCUUCCACUGCUGUCAGUGCACAUCGGUGGAGACCGUCACGGAGCUCACGGAGUUCGCCAAGUCCAUCCCCGGCUUCGCCAACCUAGACUUGAAUGACCAGGUGACUCUGUUAAAAUACGGCGUCUAUGAGGCCAUAUUUGCGAUGCUGUCUUCUGUGAUGAACAAGGAUGGGAUGCUGGUUGCGUAUGGGAAUGGUUUUAUAACUCGAGAGUUCCUGAAGAGCCUGCGGAAACCGUUCUGUGACAUCAUGGAGCCCAAGUUCGAUUUUGCGAUGAAGUUCAAUGCCCUGGAGCUGGAUGACAGUGACAUCUCCCUCUUUGUGGCUGCCAUCAUUUGCUGUGGAGAUCGCCCCGGCCUCUUAAACGUAGAGCACAUUGAGAAAAUGCAGGAGGGCAUUGUGCACGUGCUCAGACUCCACUUGCAAAGCAACCACCCGGACGACAACUUCCUCUUCCCAAAACUGCUCCAAAAGAUGGCAGACCUGCGGCAGCUCGUCACGGAGCACGCGCAGCUUGUGCAGAUCAUCAAAAGGACGGAAUCGGACGCGGCCCUGCACCCGCUGCUGCAGGAGAUCUACAGGGACAUGUACUGA